GUCUGUCGGUUUCCAGUUUACGGAGUGAGUAGCAUGGCCGGACUAGAACUACUUUCAGAUCAAGGAUUUCGAAUAGAUGGAAGGCACCCGAACGAGUUACGGAAAAUCCAAUGUAAGCUGGGAGUUUUUAGUCAAGCCGAUGGUUCAGCCUACAUAGAACAUGGAAAUACGAAGGUGUUAGCUGCUGUUUACGGGCCACAUGAGAUCAGAGGAAGCCGCAGUAAACUUCUUCAGGAUAAAGUCCUGGUGAAUUGUCAAUACAGCAUGGCAACAUUCAGCACCAGUGAAAGAAAGAGGCGACCCAGAGGAGACAGAAAAUCUCAGGAAAUGACAAUGCACCUACAGCAAACAUUCAAUGCUGCCAUCUUAACCAAACUCCACCCCAGGUCUCAGAUUGAUAUCUUUGUUGAGGUGUUGCAGUCUGAUGGAGGAAAUUAUUGUGCCAGUGUGAAUGCUGCUACUUUAGCCGUCAUCGACGCAGGAAUCCCCAUGAAGGACUUUGUGUGUGCAUGCUCCGCGAGUUACCUUGGUGACAGCCCAAUUGUUGACAUCAAUUAUAUGGAAGAAUCCUCAGGAAGUCCAGAAAUCAUUGUGUCUGUUCUCCCAAAGUCAGAGCAGAUUGUUUUCCUGGAAAUGAAUGGUCGUCUUCAUGAAGACAACUUGAGUAAAGUAGUGGACAUGGCGGUCAAAGGGUGCAAAGACGUGUAUGGGGUGUUGGACAGGACCGUGAGGGAACACGUUAGUGAAGUGGGCACCUCGCUGGAAACAUGAUCCAAUUUUCACAGCCAUCUUUUAGUAGUGAUCAAGGCUUUUCAGAAGAAGCAUCUGUCAGCAGUGACAGUUGCUGAUGACUUGUGUCUGGGUGAUGUACAUGUACAUGAAUCAGUAUGGUCACUGUUACAACAAAUCUGUCAUCAAAACGCCAGUUUAUUCAUUGCCACUUCAGAGCAAAAGGAUAACAAAGGCACACACAAAAAGAACACUAAGAGCAUGUGCAGUUAACUAGGUGGGAGAUCCUCUUACGAUUCCUGCAAUACAUUUACAUUUGAUAAACCUUAAUGUACAUGUAUUUAUAGAUUUUCUGUUUGUAUGAAUGUGUUGUCCAAUUUCAAUGAAGAGGAUUUGAUAAAGCCAGACUUUAAUGCCAUAAAUUAACAAUUUGUCAUCCACCUGGGAUGACGUUUGUAAACACAUAAUAAAUAUAAACAAAAAAUGGA